ACCAAGAUGUCAGCACAGUUCCCACCCUCGUCUCCGUUGAUUAGCAACGACGACUAUGCCGUGUCGGAUCCGUUUGCUGUCAAGUCCUCUUAUUCCAAGGGCCAAGUCGAGGAAAGAGGAAGAACAGACUACCCCACGCCUAACCCAUCGUCUGCCUUGUUCAGAUCGUCGUCUCCAAAAAAACCGAGAAUGAACUCAGACAAGAUAUUGAAGUUAUUGAGAAGAACCAAAGUGGCCAUCAACAAGGACUUCAACAUUUUGCAUCCUGAUGCGCGUGUAUUGAGAAUCCCAUUGGUGACUUCCAAAUCGCAUAUUACCAUCGGCCGUUCUUCAAAGACGUGUGACUAUGCCUUGAACUCUCAUGACUCGUAUAUCUCACGUUCUCAUGUCUCCGUCUGCCAUAAUGCUGAGCACAUCGUUUUGUCGUGUAUUGGUUCCAAUGGGGUAGCCAUCAGAAUCCCAAAGCCUUGCUUUGUCUAUGCCACCAGUGCAAAAAACCACUUUGUAGUUAUGGAAAACAAGUCCGGCAAACCGUUAGACAUUACCAACAUGGACUUACAGAAGACUCGUAGAUCCAUCGUGUUGGAUGCUAACCAUACCGAAUUCUUUGUCAGAAAAAAUGAGACGGUAACCUUGCCUCGUUUCUCCAACGUCUUGCUCGAGAUAUCCGAACAGGUCUUAUUGUUGAAUCCAGAAGAUAUUGAAGAAGAAUUGACUGAGGAUGAAAUGCCCGUGUUGAUCCAAAAUGAGCCCAUGGCCACUCCCUUGAAGGCUCCUCUCAAGAACUUCCCCCCAAGAACCCCACAAAAGUCGCUUGUUCAUCCCAAACCAGUAAGUUCGUUCAAGAUCUUUGAAGAGGUGAAUAAAGAAGAACCAAAGACCCCUUCUCCAUCGGUUUCUCCUCAACUAUUCAGACAGUCCACUCCAUUAAAUGACAAAUCAAACACCUUCAGCAACCCUUCGACCCCCAAGACAAAGAGAGCACUGUCGGAAGAACCUCCUAAGCAGAAAAAGAAAUCCAAGAAGACUCUGGAAAUCGAAAAGGUCGAGAUCAACCAGGAAUGGAUCAAAGACAUCAACAAUGUCGAGGAAAUCAACAACAUCUUGAUUAAUCAUUUGGCAUUCUCGAGGUUGUCGUCUACGCCAGCAUCAUUCUUGAACACUAUCAGUGUAGUCGCUUCCAAGUUGGAAUUGAGACAAAUCAGAGUACUCUUGCAUAACAUCAAGUGUAUUGGUGUGAUCUAUAGAGAAGGAAAGGAUGCAGCUGGUAAGCCUUUGGAAGAGGAAUACUACUAUAUACUGGAGAAUGAUGAUGAUGCCAAACGUACCGCAUUGGUCGCCAAUGUCAAGGGCCAUGGAGGUUUGAGAUCCUGUAGAAGAACUCACAAACAGUACUACUGGAAGAAGCCAGCACCCAUCAAGAAAUAA